AUGGAGACGCUGGCCGAGAGGGCGGCGAAGAGGGCCAAGGCCUCAACGGGCGACAAGGCCCCGGCGAGCAUCCCACGCACGCCGGUGGUGGUGGAGAUCAGCCCGGACAACAGCGCUCGACGCAGCCCCAGCUUCAGCGCCCAGCAUCCUCCCUCGACGGGCCAGGAAGAUGCCGACAUCGUCAUCGAGGAGGUCGCCAAGGAUGCUGAAGCCGAGGCCGCCAAGAUCGCGGCUGGGGAAGCCGCCAAGUCUACCGCCGAGGAGGCCACCAAGGGGAUUGCCGGGCAGACCGGCGAGGCCGCUACUGGGGAUGCUGGCAAGGGGCCUGCCGGGGAGCCUAGCAAGGAUCCUACUGGGAAGUCCGGCGAGGCAGCUGCCAAGGAGCCCACCGAGGAGGAGGUGGCCAACGACCAACCUCCCUCCCCCGCAGCUCCUACCCCGGGCAAGUACCUGAGGGUGGGCGACGACCUGUUCGUCCGCCUCCUAGGGACGACGAGCACCAGAGCGCUAGCCGAAGGGGAGCUGUUUGAUGACGAGGCGCUCACCACCGUCGGGCUCCAUAAGCUCCAGGCACUCCACCGUGCCUGCCAAGACAAAGCGAAAUCCAGGAUGGCGGCGGCGGUCAAGGCGGAGGCCGAUUUUGAGGAGCGCGUCGCUCAGACGCAUGUCUGGUUUGGCGAAGCCCGGGAUGAACUGAGGGCUGCCCAGGGUGAGCUGGAUGAGCGCAAGCGAGAGCUCAUCCUAAAGCAGGCCGAUAUCGAGAAGGCCGAGGAGGCGGAGAAGGAUCGGGCCACCAAGGACGAGGCUGCCGGGUUGCAGCAGCAAGCUCUGCUGAACAGCCAGGAAGAAGACCUCGUUGCCUGCAAGCAGGCGCUUGCCACCACGCUUCGCGGCAAGGACGAGGAGGUUGAGAAGCUCGUCGCGCAGCAAACCCACGAGCUAGACCAGAAGCACAAGGACACACUCAGUGCUCUGGCCCUGGACCACGCCGGCGAGGUGAAGAAGCUAGAGCUGGAGCGGGAGGAGCUGGAGAAGAAGGUCUUGGAGCUGACGGAGGAGAGGGACACGGCCAACCGCACUCUAGCGGAUUCAUAG